UGCAAUAAAUGACUGUCAAAAACCACCACGACCACGUCAAUGUCAAUGAAUAUAGCAAAGUUGUCACUUGUGGAACGAUAACGAUAUCAUUUGUUUUGCUUUUGUGAUCAUGGACCUAUGUGUGAUAAGUGAUAACGAUAAGUAAGUAAGAGCAAGUCAGAGUUUAUGUGCCUACAGCCUAAAGUGGUUAUCAACAAAAUUCGACAUAAAGUAGUUAAUUUAAUAACAAAUAAUGCACUACUAAACAAUAAAAUACUAUUUAUUUUUAUGAAUAUGUAAGUGUCGGAAAGGUACAUGGAAAACACACAUGGUGACCUACGGACGGUCCACUAUAAAACCUAGCAAGUGAGACUUUAUUUAAAAAAGAGAAGUCUAGAAAAUAUAAAAAUGGCAAAACUAUAUGUAUUAUUAUCUCUUAGUUUAUCUAUAUUAGCUAUUAGCGAACAAAAAACUCCAAUAGUCAUAACAACCUGGAAUUUCGUCAAUUCCACAAUUACCGCUUGGAAUGUCCUGAAGCAAGGAGGUUAUUCUCUUGAUGCAAUUGAAAAAGGAACAUCAAUUUGUGAAGAGCAGCAGUGUGAUGGAACUGUAGGUUAUGGGGGAAGCCCUGAUGAAGAUGGCGAAACUACACUUGAUGCCCUUAUAAUGGAUGGGAGAACAAUGAAUGUGGGUGCAGUUGCAGCGCUAAGACGAGUAAAAAGUGCCGCCUCAGUAGCCAGGCGCGUAUUGGAACACACAAAGCAUUCCAUACUGGUUGGGGAGUUAGCUACCAAGUUUGCUGUGCAAAUGGGAUUCCAUGAGGAGACCUUGACAACUUCGAUUUCUAAAAGGAUGUGGCUCAAAUGGUACUAUAAGGAUCACUGUCAACCAAACUUUUGGAUGAAUGUUUCACCUGAUCCGAGCAAAUUUUGUGGACCAUACCGAACUACAGAUGAUUUUACUCACAAGAAUUAUGACUGGCUUCCUUUGACAAAGAUUGAUAGAUUCAACCACGACACAAUUGGCAUGGUCGCCAUUGAUAAUAAGGGUGACAUAGCAGCAGGUACAUCAACAAAUGGUGCCAAAUUUAAAAUACCUGGAAGGGUCGGAGAUUCUCCCAUCCCAGGCUCGGGUGCUUAUGCAGACAACACUGUAGGUGGCGCCACUGCUACCGGCGAUGGUGACGUCAUGCUCAGAUUUUUACCCAGUUUUCUAGCCGUGGAAGAAAUGCGUCGCGGCGCAUCGCCCACGGAAGCCGCAAGGACAGCCAUAAACCGGAUAGCCACCCACUAUCCCAACUUCAUGGGCGCUGUGAUAGCGAUGAACAUGGACGGUGCUUACGGCGCCGCCUGUCACGGCCUUGGCGAUGUGCCAUUCCCCUUCGUAGUGCAAGACAUCUCCAUGGAUCAAUAUAAAAUAGAAACAGUCAAUUGUUCCUGGCCCUUAAAUUGAUUAUUUUUAAAAAUAUAUUGAUGUGAAAGUAUA